GUGUCGGUGGUGAGAGACACUGAGUCACAACUCCUGCCCGACGUGGGGGCCGUGGUGACCUGCAAGGUUUGCAGCAUUAACUCCCGCUUCGCCAAGGUGCACAUCCUCUACGUUGGCUCCACGCCGCUGAAAUCCACCUUCCGGGGGACCAUACGGAGAGAAGACAUUCGAGCCACGGAGAAAGAUAAGGUCGAAGUGUACAAGAGUUUCCGCCCCGGUGACAUAGUGCUGGCCAAAGUUGUAUCCUUCUCGGACGGGUCCAUCACCUCCCUUUCCGUGUGGAGGAACGCGGUUUUGGGAGGGGGAACCAAAUGUGUUUACCACGUGGCAUCCCUAGGGGUGCAGAUGGUGCCCAUCAGCUGGUGCGAGAUGCAGUGCCCACGGACUCACACCAAGGACUUCCGUAAGGUGGCCCGCGUGCAGCCCCAGUUUCUGCAGACCUAG